CUCUCAGCCCAACCAGCCGAAAUGGGGCCGGAAAGCCUCCAGAAGCCCCAGCCACAUAAGGCAAAAAUAUGUAUGUGGAAAUAUUUAGAUGUUCACUCCAUGGACCUCAUCAAUGAUGCUGGAACAACUGAUGAGCUGAAGAGGCUCCUCUCUGAGCUCUUUGAUCUGAAGGAUUUUGAAUCAAAUCCACGCUCAGCUAUCUUGUUAGAUUUGUAUUUCUACACCAUCCAGUUCAGCCAGGAGCAGGGCUUCAACCAGGAGCAGACCUCUGCUUUCUUCUCAAUUGUGAAGGAUGUGCAUGAGGCCUGUGUGGAAACACCGCUCCCCAAUGUGGAGGAAUGCUAUAACUAUUUCUCCGAACUCGUGUUCUGCCACUCCAUUCGGAGACCCCCCUUCAGCAUUGAUCUCUUCAAUCAGGACCAGCUGGUGCUCCUAACCGACUAUAUGAUUAACACUUACUUCCGCCACUACAAACUUUACAAGUACGCUUUCACCCCACAGGUACGGCUGGACAUCUCAUUCACCUAUACUGGGUUGCCUGAACCAGAGCCUGAAGAAGCUACAGCUGAGAGUACAGAAACAGCACUGUCCCCUUUGCAAGAGGAAUUGGAGGAAGCCGUUGCCCCUGAAGAAAGUCCCACAGCUACGCUGCGUGACUUCAUUGUAUCUCAACUCAACCAGGAGUUAUCCCAACUGCGCCUUUCCAUCGAUCAGCGUCUAAAAGUAACAGAGGACCAGUUUAAUGCCAAGCUGACCCAGCUGGAGAAAGGUUCUGGUGCCAGCAAGGGGAGUGCCAAGGGCAAGAAGAAGUGACCAGACUAGAAAAGUUGGGGUGCAAGAGGACCAUUUCCUGUCCCAGGGUUGUUUCUGUGUUUCCAGGGCUUCUGCAGCAAGAUAAUAAAGGGCCACAGAAAGGCCAAGAGAGCGGACAGAGAAUGUCAGUUAAAAUAUGAGGAGCAGAUGGAUUUCUAAAAGGCUUUUGAAAGUGUGAUAUAGUUUACAGGAAAUCUCUGUUGAGAUAGUAAGGUCAUAUACUAGUAGCAGGAACUGCUGCAUUCCUUGUGUACAUGAUGUUAUGAUAUUAAA